AUGGGAUGUAAACCCAUUGACACUCCUAUGGAUCCGAAUGUUAAACUCCUUCCAGGACAGGGGGAGCAACUCAGUAAUCCUGAAAGGUAUAGACGGUUGGUUGGAAAGUUGAAUUACCUCACUGUGACUAGAUCGGACAUCUCUUUUCCUGUGAGUGUUGUAAGUCAGUUUAUGACUUCUCCUUGUGAUAGUCAUUGGGAUGCAGUUGUUCGUAUUCUGCGAUAUAUAAAGUCAGCUCUUGGUAAAGGACUACUCUUCGAGGAUCAAGGCCAUAAGCAUAUCACCGGAUAUACAGACGCUGAUUGGGCAGGAUCACCCUUUGAUAGACGUUCUACAUCCGGAUAUUGUGUUUUAGUUGGAGUUGCUUGGAGAACUGAAGUUUGGAGAAACCGGUCAUAUGGAACUUGUGUGUGA